AAGGUUAUAAAGAAACUGAAGAAAAACUGUAUUUUGCGAUCACAUUUUCUUAGUGAGUUGUUACCUACAAGUCAAAAUUCAUCAUAUAAAAUCAGUAAAUUUAUGGAUUCCGAUGAUAAUGAAGUGGUAAUUGAUCUUUCUCCGGUCAUCCGAGUCUACAAAGAUGGCCAGGUUGAACGUAUUUACCGUCCAUCUCACGUUCCGCCAUCACUGGAAGACUCAGACACCGAUGUUUCCUCCAAAGAUAUCACCAUUUCAUCAUACCUCAAAGCAAGAAUCUAUAUCCCAAAGCUCUCAAGCACCACAGCUAAUACUAAACAAAAGCUCCCUAUCUUAGUUUAUUAUCACGGUGGCGGCUUUUGUGUAGGCUCCACUUUCUCUUUCCUCGCUCAACGUUACCUUAACCUCUUAAGUUCUGAAUCUAAUGCUAUUAUCCUCUCUAUAGAGUACAAUCUAGCUCCAGAACAUCCUUUGUCUACAAUUUACGAAGAUUCUUGGACAGCGCUUCAAUGGGUCGCUUCUCAUGUUCUUGAAAAUCCGAGAAUAAAAAAAGAACCAUGGUUGAUUGACCAUGGAGAUUUCAAUAAAGUCUUCGUUGGUGGCGAUAGUGCUGGAGGUAAUAUAGCUCAUCACCUGGCACUGAGAGCUGGUAUUGAGUGUUUGAAUGGUAAAGUUAAAAUCUUGGGUGGGAUUCUUUCUUUUCCAUACUUUCUAUCAUCGAGCCAAAAUAGGAGAGAUGGUUUGUUAAGUAAGAUUUGGAUGUUUGUAAAUCCAUCAGCUGAGAAUGGAAUUGAUGAUCCAAAGAUUAAUCCUUUAGUUGAAAAAGCUCCAAGAUUGACAGAGUUAGGUUGUUCGAAGAUGUUAGUGUGUGUGGCCGAGAAAGAUGAGUUGAGAAAUUUGGGAAUACACUAUGCAGAAGCUGUGGAGAAAAAUGGGAAAUUAGUAGAGGUGGUUGAUGUUGAAGGAGAAGGUCAUUGCUUUCAAAUAUUGAAUCCUGAGGGUGACAAAGCCAAAGAUUUGAUAAAGCGUAUUGCUAAGUUCAUCAACAGUGAAGCCUUCAUCAAACAGUGAAGCACAACCGUGUUUAUGUAUUCAUAAGUAGCUAGUGAGGAAAUAAAAUGAAAUACUACCUCUUUUUGGGAAUAAAUGGAUUUCUUUUGUGUAAAUCUAAGACUCUAUCAGUAAAUCUAAAAUUUUGCUUGUGUUUCCAUUA